ACGACUACAGCCCCCAGGCGGCCGCGCGCGGCCGCGCCUCCCCGCCCCGCCACGGUACCGCGGCGCAGCGCUGGAACGGCCGCAGUCGAGCCGCAGAGGUGACCUCGAGCAGCAGGCGCAGUCUCCGCUCCCGCAGACAUGGCUGAGCCUGUCAGAGUGCUGGUGACUGGAGCUGCUGGGCAGAUUGCUUACUCCCUCCUCUACAGCAUUGCCAAGGGCGAUGUCUUCGGCAAAGACCAGCCUCUUAUCCUUGUGCUGCUGGACAUCACUCCCAUGAUGACGGUACUGGAAGGUGUGGUGAUGGAGCUGCAGGACUGUGCUCUGCCGCUGCUCAGAGAGGUCAUUCCAACUGACAAGGAGGAAGUUGCAUUCAAAGAUCUUGACAUAGCAAUUCUGGUUGGCUCCAUGCCAAGGAGAGAGGGCAUGGAGAGGAAGGAUUUGCUCAAAGCAAAUGUGAAAAUUUUCAAGUCUCAGGGUGCAGCCUUGGACAAGUAUGCCAAAAAGACUGUCAAGGUUGUGGUUGUUGGGAAUCCAGCCAAUACCAACUGCCUGAUUGCAUCAAAGUCAGCCCCAUCCAUACCAAAGGAAAACUUCAGCUGCUUAACUCGUUUGGAUCACAACAGAGCCAAGUCUCAGAUUGCUCUGAAACUUGGUGUGACUGCUAAUGAUGUGAAGAAUGUCAUCAUCUGGGGCAACCACUCUUCCACUCAAUAUCCUGAUGUUAACCAUGCAAAGGUAAAUGUGAAAGGAAAAGAAGUUGGAGUCUAUGAAGCUAUAAAAGAUGACAGCUGGCUGAAGGGAGACUUUAUCCUGACUGUUCAGCAACGUGGAGCAGCUGUUAUUAAGGCCAGGAAGCUGUCCAGUGCUAUGUCAGCUGCCAAAGCUAUCUGUGAUCAUGUGAGGGACAUCUGGUUUGGCACUCCAGCGGGGGAGUUUGUUUCGAUGGGAGUCAUUUCUGAUGGCAAUUCUUACGGUGUUCCUGAAGACUUGCUAUAUUCAUUCCCUGUUGUGAUCAAGGACAAGACCUGGAAGUUUGUUGAGGGUCUUCCUAUUAAUGAUUUUUCCCGUGAGAAGAUGGAUCUUACUGCUAAGGAAUUAGCUGAAGAGAAGGAGACUGCUGUGGAAUUCCUCUCCAGUGCAUGACUAGGUCAGGAGGAAAUACAAAAUCAUUUAAGAGUGGAAGAAUCGAAAAGCCGUCUGUAGGUCUGCUACCAAACACCACUACUGUAUCCAAGUCAGAUGUCUGUGGCCAUUGUGCAUUUUAAAGUUCAUAUGCUUACUGGUACUGUCGUGCCUCUUGAGUUAUUAGCAAAAUAUUAUUAAAGAAGUAAAACUA